CUACCACUUUCGUUUAUCCUUUCCUCUUCUCUGAUUCUUCGUUCCUCGUGGAUUUUCGAUUUGACCAUCUUUUCAGCCUAAUAUAACUAAUAGCGAAAUUCGUCUCGUUUCGUUCAUCCUCGAUACGAGUGCCUGGAAUGUAAAGUGGAACAGCAUUCGUAAUAAUUGAACUUGUUCGAAUUCUUAGAAAGAGAAAAUCAGCUUCUCCGAAUCGUCGCCGCGCGAACAUUCUAAUUUUAAAUGCGUCGUAGAAAUCCGCGAUCCGCGGUGGUCUCGGAGAGUCUGGAGAAUUUUCGCUACGUAACCUCAACUUAUAACCUUCCCCCUACUCCCACGGUAACUUGUACGGAUGCCCGUAACUCUUUCUAUAUGGAACAUUCAAGUUCGUCUUCUCGAACAAUCAACAAUACGAAUAUAAUUAUCGAGUACAUAGAUCAUGCGCAGAUCAAGCAGAAACGUCAGUCUUCGCAUACUUGUGUCCAUAGUACAACAGAGUUGAUAGACGGAUAGAACGAUACGAUUUAGGAAAUUUACGUUACAACUAUGAUCGUAUACAUGGUGCAUCGAUAUCGUUGAAACUUUCUUUUCUUUUUCUUCAAGCAUGUUGGCGAUGUUGACUGCCGAUUGGUUUCCCUUGGGACGAGAUGUGUAUUUUAGAAAAUUCGAACUUUAUCCGUUAUCGUUUCAACACGAGGUUUCGAAUACUAAUCUAUUAGUGGCAGCUCCCUAUGGUGGUUUUAUCGCGAUCACCAGAAACCCCAAGAAGCUCGUUAAGGUUCAAGGAUCUAAUAAACCUAUAAUCUACUUGUAUACAUCCGCUGGAAAGCUAACAGCCAAAUUACAAUGGAGCGGCGGACAGUUGAUCGGACUAGGUUGGUCUCAGCAAGAAGAAUUAUUGUGCGUGCAAGAAGACGGUACGGUUCAUAUAUACGAUAUGUUUGGCACGUAUCAACACGCGUUUACUAUGGGAAGUGAAGCAAAGGAUACUAAAGUUGUGGAAGCAAAAUUUUUUGUAACUCACAGCGGAACGGGUGUUGCAGUUCUGACAUCUACCAAUCAAAUAUUCUUGGUAAACAACACGGCUGAACCAAAACUUAGACAAAUAUCGGGAGUUCCCAGAUGCGGAGGUCCCAUAGAUUGCUGGUGCUUGGUACACUACGAUAGAGAAACUCGGGUUAUUUUAUCCAACAGCGAAGGAUUAUUCGUAGUGCAACAGACGCAUCAGAAUGCAACGUACAUACCCUUUGAUAUACUUUUUACAAGGCAUACGAAAGUCUCGAACGUAGUGGCGAUAGCCGUCUCGGGGAAUAACCGACAUGUUGCCCUUUACUCGGACACAGGUCAUUUGUACAUGGGCUCCAUAGAUUUUAAAGAGAAAUACUGCGAACACAACGCAAAUAUCAAAGAAGCGUUAACAAGCCUGGCGUGGUGCGGUACGAAAGCUGUAGUCUGCAGUUGGAACAGUACCGUGAUGAUCGUAGGGCGAACAGCCGAAACGAUAAUAUACACUUACGACGGUCCAGUGCAUCUUGUUACGGAGAUCGAUGGCGUACGCGUAUUAUCCGCUACCUCCCACGAAAUGAUACAAAAAGUACCAAACGUUGUCCAGAAAAUAUUUCGGAUUAAUUCGACCGAUCCUGCAUCCUAUCUUUUGGAAGCUUCGAAACAGUUUCAAAAGAAGAGUCACAAAGCCGACAGUUACAUAGACCUCGUGAAAGAUAAAUUGGACACGGCGAUAAUAGCUUGUAUCGACGGAGCUAGUCACGAGUUUGAUUUCAAUACGCAGAAACUUUUGAUGAGAGCAGCUAAGUUUGGGAAGGGAUUUAGUAAGACGGUUAGUCCGGAAUACUAUGUAGACAUGUGCCGAAUACUGAGAGUCUUGAACGCCAUAAGACACCCUGCAGUUGGAAUUCCGAUAACGUACAUACAAUUUACCAUCUUAACUGGUCAGGUAGUACUGGACAGACUGGUCGCGAGAAGACACUACUAUUUGAGUAUACAAAUAGCACGACAUCUUCAGCUGCCUGAAGUUGAAGGAGAGAGUCGCAUAUUAGCCCAUUGGGCCUGUUAUAAAGUAAAGCAAACUCAAUUGGAUAAAGAGGUAGCGGAAGAAAUAGCUGACAAAUUGGGAUACGCGCCCGGCGUUUCCUACAGCGAAAUCGCGAAAAGGGCAGCCGAUUGCGGUAGAAAACAAUUAGCUAUCAAAUUGAUCGAUUACGAGCCUCGCGCGCAUCUACAAGUACCACUUUUAUUGACGCUCGGCGAGAAAAGAGCUGCUCUGCGUAAAGCUGUUGAAAGCGGCAACACCGAUUUAGUUUAUACGGUGAUACUUCAUCUCAGAGAUAACAUGGCAAUCGGUGAUUUCCAGACCUCUAUACUGCACUGCCCUUUGGCAAUGGCGUUGUACAUCAAAUAUUGUCAGGGUCACAAUCGAGAGGCUCUACGUGGGAUUUACAAUCAAAACGAUGACUUUCAUUCUCAAGCCGUAUGGUUCAUUACCGAGAGUUACCAACGGAAGAAUACGACGUCGAGAGAAGCCCUGUUACAGUCCGCGCAGGAAAAUUUCAAGUUGGCCCGUAACGAUACGAACGCGGCUUUGACGGAAGAACAAAUAAAACUGUUGCGUUAUCAAAAGUCCCUGGAAGAUACAGGACACGAAUCAAUCGUUGGAAAACCGCUUCACGAUACCGUCAAAUUACUACUGUUGCAGAACGAAUUAAAAUUAGCCGAUAAAUUAAGAUCGGAAUAUCGAAUAUCGGAUCGAAGAUAUUGGUGGUUGCGUAUACAGUGUUUGGCAGAGAAGGGUAUGUGGAACGACUUGGAAAAAUUAUCCAAAAGUAAGAAGUCCCCCAUCGGCUACGAGCCGUUUAUCGAUCAGUGUUUAAAAUACGACAAAGAAAGGGAAGCAAAGAAAUAUUUACCCAAAGUAAAAGAUGAAUUGAAAGUAAAAUAUCUGGUAAAAUUAAAAAUGUUGGACGAAGCAGCUCAAACGGCAAAAGAACAGAAAGAUGAUACAGCGUUAAGUUUCAUAUUGGCGCAAUGCGAACCAACGGAUACAUUACUGAUCGACAAGAUUAAUAUGUUCAAAGCGAGUCUUAAAAAUUGAAUUUUUCUCUUUUUUUUCUUAGUACAUUUGGAGUAGAUUUUCUAAAUCUAAUUACAUAAAGAUACAACAAUAACAACAACAACUACAACAACUACAACAACUACAACAAUUACAACAACAACAACAACAACAACAAUAAUGAUGAUGAUGAUGAUGAUGAUGAUGAUGAUGAAGA